AUGGCAAGUGAAGAUCAACUGAUCACCGAGUACUUCAUGAUGCUCGACAGCAACGGAAAUAGAACAAUCGAGGCGAAGGAACUCAAGACAUUGCUGAAGGUCGUGUACAAGCAGAACCCGGAUGACGCCGUGGUCAAACAGUUCCUGCAAGACUUCGACGCUGACGAAAGCGGGACCAUUGAUCUCGAGGAGUUCAAGAUGUACCUUGCCAUGUCCAUUAAGCCCGAGGGUGAGAGCCUAAAGGAUCUCUUCACCUUGUACGACAAAGAUGGCAACGGAGCCUUGAAGAGGUAAAGUCGUUCUUACGUGACCUUGGAGACAACUCGUCCGAUCACCUGGUCCAGAAGUUGAUGGACGAGGUUGACGUAGAAAGGGACGGCCGGGUGGACUUGGAAUGUUUGUCCGAUAAAAAAACCCUGGAUGAUGUGAUAACUGAAACAGAACUUAAUCAAUGAAGAUCGUGUCUGACAGUUGAUAGAAGAUCAUAUGGGAAUAAAUCACGUCUCAUUUUUUGUCCUUCAAAAAAUGUGGUUUCUAUGGUUACAUGAACAAUUGAAGACUAGAAUGCGUACGAUGCGACAUCUUAAAAUAGAAAUAACAAUAGGUUGACGAAUCUGCGUUUUAGGUUAGAGGAUCAUAUAAACGAAAUGAAACCGAUUGCCUUUUUCUGUCGCCCAAUGUGAUUGCUUCGGUUACAGAAAUGUGUGAACACUAAAAUCUUUAUCUUCCGAGGACUACUUAAGCUUAACCUGACAACUUUGACCCGGUAUAAGUAAACUUAU